AUGAGCGGCAGAAGGAAUAUUCACCGAAACGGCGUGGUUCCAGAGUUCAACUUUGCCAUGGUGGGAGCUCUUGGUGCUGGCAAGUCAGCACUGACGGUCAAGUACAUCACCAGGCGCUUCAUCAUGGAGUAUGACCCAGAUUUAGAGGGCACCUACACCAAACACGAGGAUUGGGACGGCCAGGACUUUGUGGUACAUCUAAUGGAUACCUGUGAUAAGGAGGACAGUGACCCCAGCAGGUACCUGAGGUGGGCCGACGCCUUUAUCAUCGUCUACAGCAUCACCAACCGGCAGACGUUCGAGAUGGCGCGCCAAUACAUGGACAGCAUCUCUAUCUAUCUCAAAGGUCAAGGCCGAGAGUGUCCUGUGGCUUUGGUUGGUAACAAAAUUGACCUGGAGCGAUACAGGCAGGUUAACAAAUCAGAAGGAUCGUCAUUAGCAACUGAAUACGACUGUGUGUUCUAUGAGACAACAGCGGCGGAGGAAUACGACUUUGUGGAGCGAGUGUUCCACCGCGUCAUCCAAGAGACCCAUCAUGACAAGUAUGGACAUAUCUUACAACCGGUCUACAUCGCCGAUGACCGGGCCACCAUGUGGGGAACAUCGCAGCAUCCACAGCUGCAGCAGCACCAUCCACAGCUGCAGCAGCACCAUCCACAGUUCACUCACCUACAACAUCGCAGGCCUAAAUCUCCCAAAGGAUUGUCUGAUAGAAAAGACGAGAAAAACCAGCAGAAGAAAUCACUGAACAAAUUCUUCAAAAUCUUCAAUUGA